AUGGCCGUCCAGCAGCAUGUCCUCAACUGGCUAUACAGCGUCCUGACUAGUGAAUACCACGAUGUCAACCGGACCUACAACGACGUCGCCCAGGCGUUGUCCAACUAUCCCUCCUUGUCGCCCCGGACAGACGUUCACACUUUCGACAAUGGCGUCUCCGCCCUCCUCCUACACCUCUCUGGCACAGUUCCCGUCGUCUUCCGAGGGACCACCUACCGCUUCCCCGUCUCGAUAUGGGUGCCCCAUGCCUAUCCGCGCGAGGCACCCAUUGGCUAUGUCACGCCGACCGAGAACAUGAUGGUACGGCCGGGCCAACAUGUUGAUCCUCAGGGGAAGAUAUACCACCCCUAUCUUGUUGGAUGGGCCGAGUACUGGGAUAAGUCCUCUAUCUUGGACUUUCUAGCCAUCCUACGAGAUAUCUUCGCGAAAGAACCUCCCGUCAUCGCCCGGCAGCAAGCUCGACCGACCCAGCUGCAACCCACACCAACAGCGACACCACCACCUGUGCCCCCUCUGCCGCCCGAUAUGUCGAGACCAACUCCUCAGCAGACUCAGUCGCCCCAUCCGAGAGAUCCAAGGCCACCUCCGCCUCCACCGAAGGGCAGCGACCUGCCACAGGUCGUCUCCGGCCCGUCAUCCCGGUCCGACGGACCUCCUUUACCUCCCCUACCGCACGAGAUCCGCCGACAGUCGAGUCAGUACAGUGCACAUUCAUCUGCUGUCCAGCCGCCGCAGUCAAAUCGUCUUUCGAGAUACGAUACGGCGCCACCCCUGCCGCCGCAGCACCCACAGGCGCAGGCACAAGUGCUACCUCAACCGCCGCAGUCAUACCGGCAGUCUCCUCCCGACGUUCAAUACUUUGCCCAGCAGCAGCAACAACAACAACAACAACAACAACAACAACAACAACAACAACAACAGCAUGCAUAUCAGCAGGGCGGGCCGUCGGCCGUCAUUUCACCACAGGAUAUCCGCCGAACCUCUACCAUAUCGCCCGUAACACCCUACAGCACCGCUGCUACCGGACCAUCCUUAUCCUACAGCGGACCACCACCUCCUAAGUGGCAAGCACAACCUCAACAACCACCAGUACAACCUCAGACAAAACCACCGCCUCCGCCCGACAUCAUGGACGAGCCCCUGACCCUCGCGCUGCCCUCGCCAUCUUACCUCGCGCCACCACCGAUCCCUCCCAACCCUGAGAAGGAUGCUCUCCUGCACCAACUCGCCUCGACCCUCUACGCCCUCCGCCAACGCGCCAGGCAGCAGAACGAGUCCUCCCUAUCAGGGCUUAGUGCCCAGCGCAACGCUAUGCUAGCUGCGCUCCAGAAUAUGCAGAGUGACGCGGCGGCCCUGACACCGCUCUCGGGCAUGCUCUCCCAAAAUACUACAAUCCUGCAGUCGUCGUUGCAGGAGGCCGACGCCGUCAUCGGCAACAGCCAGACACAUGAGCCGCCUGCAAUUGAUGACCUACUAGUUGCGCCGACGGUGGUGGGAAACCAACUGUAUGAUCUCGUGGCCGAGGAGAGGGCUCUGAGCGAUGCCAUAUUCGUCCUGGGCCGCGCCGUCGAAAGGGGCCGCAUAUCACCUACCGUGUUCGCCAAGACCACGCGGUCCCUGGCGCGUGAGUGGUAUCUCAAGAAGGCAUUGGUGCGGAAGAUUGGGUCUGGCAUGGGGCUUGUUGGAUAA